AUGGCUCCCAAGCAGGUGGCCUAUGCGGUGCUCCCUGCCAAUGAUGCGAGCUCUUUGGCGGAGCUUGCGAGGCAGCGGCGGCUCAGUGAGGAGGACGUGGCGCGCCUGACGAAGGAGAAGUCGGCCUGUGCGGUGCUGCCCAGCGGGGCACUGAUCGAGGACCUGGAGGAGAACCCCUGGCCCCUGCUUCGCGAGCUGCGGUAUCGCACCUGCUUGGAAUAUCCAAGCAUCAAGGAGCACCAGCAGUUGGAGGACAAGUACCUGAAACCGCUCAGGUCCAUGCGCGGAUCGUGGUGGAAGAAGCCCCAGGCGCUGGAACUGUUGGCGAAGCAGCUGGAUGAGGUCGGCUUUGUGGUGGUGGACGACUUCCUGCCGGAUCCCUUGGUUCGUGCUCUCAAGGCUAGCAACCUCAGACUCUACGAGCAGUCCGACAUGCAGAAGGGAGCCACUACAGGGGGCAACGAGCGCGUUGGCAUCUUCCACCGCGGCGAUGUGCUCAAGUGGAUUGGCUACGAUGGCGAGACUGAAGCGAGCCGAUCUGUUAGCGCCUUUACUGCACAGGUCGAAGACGCCAUGACCCGCUUGGCGCACCACGGCGAGAAGGCGGCGCCCAAGACGGCAGCGGCGAUCAAGGGUGUGCGCUGGCGAUCGGAGACGAUGCUCACCUGCUAUCCGGGUGAGAGCCGGGCGAGAUACUUCCGCCACACCGACAACUCCUCGGGCAACGGCAGACUACUGACGGCCCUGAUCUACCUCAAUGAGGACUGGAAGCCGGGCGACGGCGGCGAGCUGCGCCUCUUCUAUCCAGGAGAGAAGAACCUCAAGGUGCGGAUGGAAGUGGAGCCGAUUUGGAACCGCCUGCUGCUCUUCUGGUCCGACGACCGCAGUCCCCACGAGGUGCUCUCAGCCUGCCGUGACCGCUUUGCAGCGACCGUGUGGCUCUACGACCAGAAGAAUCCCAAUGUCCCGCUCGCGGAGUUGGGCUCCUAUGCAGGCGGGGAGGUGGCAUCGACCCCCGCCAAAGCUGAAGCUGAGCCGGAGAAGGAGCCGGAGGAAGAGCCGGUGGUGGCCCAGCCUGAGAAGGAGGAGCCAGCGCUGCUGGUCUUCUAUGAUGGUCAGAAUGACGAGGCCCUGCAGCUGAAGGAGUCCCUGGAGGGAGAGGUGAGGCUGGUGGACCUUCGGACGCCCCAGGCAGAGGCUUUGAAGCAGGCAGGCGAGCGUUGGUCACAGCUGCUGGAAUCUGGCGCGGAUGCAGUUGUCCAGGAGGCAGGGCCAGUCUUCCUGUGCCUACCGACGGGAGAAGUCCUGAAGCAUGGUGAGCGCGAGAAGUGGAUGCUGCAGUAUGAAUUGGAGUACUGGAGAUCAGUGAAACCGCCCAGCGAGGAGACUCGUCAGCGUCUUCAGGAUACCCUUUUCGCACCUUUGGCCCAGUUCCGAGAGAAGUUUGAUGCUUCUGGGGCCGGCGUGUGGUGGGCGACUCCGGAAGCUGUGUCAACCUGGGGGCAGGCCUUAGCGCGGGAAAGCUUCAUGGUGCUGGAUGACUUCCUGCCAGCGGAAGAUGCCGCCAGCCUGGCAAAGGCUAUGCGGAGCAUGCAGCCCAAGAUGGAGCCAGGACGCGGCGACAUGGUCCUGUGGCUGCACCCGGACGCACCUGAGAUGGGCCGGCUGGUGGAGUUCAACAAUGCGCUGGUGACCCUCAUGAUGGAGCUUCCUCAGGACAGCAUCCAGGCGAGGGCGCAGCAAAUCACCGCCCUGUCGAAUUCACAGUUUGCGAGCUUUCCUGGCAGCGCCGAGAACGAUGAUGCCAGGUACAUCCGCCAUGUGGACAACGAAGAUGGCCUCAAUGGUCGAUUGCUGACCUGCACCUUCUACCUGAACGAAGACUGGGAUGAGCGUGAUGGUGGAGAGAUUCGGCUGUUUGAACCUGAUCAACGGCGGAUCAAAGCAGACGUCGCUCCCAAGAUGAACCGCCUCGUCGUUUUCUUCAGCGACUCUUCCGUUCCGCACGAGGUUCGACGCUGCCGCCGCGAACGGUGUGCCAUCACCACCUGGUACAUCAACCAGGAGAUGUAUCUUGAAUACCACCAAGCUGAGGAGGAGGGUCAGUGA